AUGGACGCUUGGCUAUCCGAUAAGGUACAAUUGCAUCCUGGCAUUGCGGUUCAUUCCAGUGAGCUUGGAGGAAACGGUAUAUUCUAUAAUGGCGAGAAACCAGAAUCUGAUAUAGUAAUUGCAACUAUAUCUAAAAGGGCAGUUUUCGACUAUGAGCUGCUCUUGGAAACCCUUAACACUCUCAAGGUUGAAGAUCCACAACUUUCGAAGAUAGUGGUAGGGUUUUUGACGAGCUUAGAGCCUUCCACAGAAACGGAGGUUCUAAUGUGCUACUUUUGGGCAUUUAUGGCCGCUUUCAAAGCUGGAUCUACAGGUUACGUUUCGCUGAUAGGACCAUAUCUCAACUUGCUCGAACAUACUAAAGUCGAUAUACCGCAAGGAAAUACAGAAGAUGACGAUUGGUUCAUACAAUCUCUUGCAAGUGUUUUUGAAGCACAAAGAAAGAAGUAUGAAACAAUCGUUGAGUGGCUUGACUCGGAGAUUUCUGAGAAGAAACCUUGGUCUCAGCAUUUCUCUUUUGAUUUGUUCUGGCAAAUAUACAAGGCCAUUAAAUCCAGAGUCCUUGAGAUUCCCCAUUCCUUAAGUGAAGACCUGGGAGACUUUGUGACGAAUAUUUCUCUAGUUCCAUAUCUCGACUAUGCCAACCAUCUGGCCGAGAAAAAUGCUUAUUUCGACGUCGAUAGAAGUACAGAAGAUAUUGUUCUCAAACUAGACCAUACAAAAGUGGAAAAGUCUCCUACAGAACAUGUAAUUGAGAUCUUGAUCAGCUAUUCUCCAAUUGAAAAAAUUCAAUCGUUUAUGAUGACUUAUGGAUUUGUCCCCCGAAACCACGGCCAAAUGCAAGUCUUUGAUUGGAAAAUACGUGAUUUUGAUAAUCUUAUGAAUCAGUUUAACGAAACAAGCAAUGUGCCUUACAGAAAGAUUGGUAAGUGGCUCCAGGUUAUUCCUGGAGUACAAUUGGUCAUACAAGACGAAAGUAUCAAAAUAAAUCUCGCAGCUAAUCCCUUCACAAUAUUUUUUGCAGACAAGUUGACGUACAACGAACAUUGGGCAAGUGGACAAACCAACGAUAAUCUUCAAAAAAUUCUCCAGCUACAAGAAGACAACUUUGACAUCAUACAUGGACCCGGACCAUUGGGCGUGUUGUGCGAUGGAGAUCCCCUUGAAACAAGCAUAGAUCCACUGUCGCCCGAAUUGGUAGAGAGAGCAAUCAAUUUUCUACAAAUGGCUGCGAAGUCGGAAUUGAGAAAUAUAUCGGACGAGUCACCGUACCACCAGUUUAAAAAAAGUUUACUACAAAAGGUAUCCAGUGGCUUGACAGUUGACUGUAUCGAUGAUUUGGAACCAAUUCCUAUAAAUCAGAUAGAAUUAUAA